AUGGGGAGGCCGCCGUGCUGCGACAAGGCGAACGUGAUCAAGAAGGGGCCGUGGACGCCGGAGGAGGACGCCAAGCUGCUGGCCUACACCUCCACCCAUGGCACCGGCAACUGGACCAACGUGCCCCAGAGAGCAGUUUAUAACAACACCAACUACCUGCGUCCCAACCUGAAGCAUGAGAACUUCACCCAGGAGGAGGAAGACCUCAUCGUCACCCUCCACGCCAUGCUUGGAAGCAGGUGGUCUCUGAUCGCGAACCAGCUGCCGGGGCGGACGAACAACGACGUGAAGAACUACUGGAACACGAAGCUGAGCAAGAAGCUGCGGCAGCGCGGGAUCGACCCCACCACCCACCGCCCCAUCGCCGACCUCAUGCACAGCCUCGGCGCGCUCGCCAUCCGGCCGCCGCAACCAGCGCCCUCUCCCAACGGCGGCUCCGCUACCUACCUCCCCGCGCCGGCGCUCCCGCUCGUCCACGACGUCGCGUACCACGCGGCUGGCAUGCUGCCACCGAUGACACCGGCGCAGCAGCAGCAGCAGGUCGUCAUCGCGCGUGUGGACGCGGACGCGCCCGCGUCGCCGACGACGGAGCACGGCCAGGGCCAGCAGCUCAAGUGGAGCGACUUCCUCGCCGACGACGCCGCGGCGGCGGCGGCCGCGGCCGAGGCUCAGCAGCAGCAGCAGGUUGUUAUUGGGCAGUACCACCACGAGGCGGCGGCCACCGCCGGCGCAGGCAGCGGCAUCACCGUUCACGGCGCUGGGAGCAGCAGCAGCGCUUCGGCGGCCGGCGGUGACGACGGUGGCAUUGUUGGUGUCGGUGGCGGCGGCGGCGGCGAUGACGGCGCGGCGGCGUUCAUCGACGCCAUCCUGGACUGCGACUAG